AAGAAAAGGGCUUCAUUUUCUGUGUAGAGCCCUUCCUUCUCUAUAUCUUCUCCCCUCCCUCUGCCCUAGAUUUUCUCCAUCCCUCUCGUCUCAUCCUCCUCGUCGAUCUCCGAUCAUAUCCCCCGAAAAUGGCAAACGCAGCUUCGGGAAUGGCUGUGCAUGAUGACUGCAAACUAAAGUUUUUGGAAUUGAAGGCCAAAAGAACCUAUCGGUUCAUAGUUUUCAAGAUAGAGGAAAAGCAAAAGCAGGUCGUUGUAGAAAAGCUUGGCGAACCCACUCAAAGCUACGAGGACUUCACUGCAAGUCUUCCUGCUGACGAGUGCCGAUAUGCAGUUUAUGACUUCGACUUUGUGACCGAGGAGAAUUGCCAGAAAAGCAGGAUUUUCUUUAUUGCGUGGUCCCCUGAUACGUCAAGGGUGAGAAGUAAGAUGAUAUAUGCAAGCUCCAAAGACAGAUUCAAGAGGGAGCUGGAUGGCAUUCAGGUAGAGUUGCAAGCGACUGAUCCUACUGAGGUGGGCCUUGAUGUCAUUAGAAGCCGUGCCAGUUGAACAUGCAUUGUGUCUCUUGCAGUGGAGGUUUCCUCCAUUCAUUCUGCUUUACUUUUGUUUAUAGUUUGUGAGACGGUGGAUUUGGCUAGACAUGAUAUUGUUUUGUUGUCCAAGUUCCACCGUACAAUUCAUGGCUUCUAGAACAACACCAGUGAUUUUGGGUAUAUCUUGUUACUUGUUAUUUGUGGAACCUAUGUGGCGUGUGUCUCCUUGUAGUCUAAUAUCUACCGGCUAAUGAUAUGUAACGGUUUAUUGGGGUAGACAAAACCUGUAGUUUGUUUUUACAACUUUGAAAUGGAUGUUUGGCCUUUACUAUCUUUAGUUGGAUUGUGGAAAAGGCAAACUUUUAUUUGUUUCUGA